AUGGUAAAGCUUCUGUUAGUAGGACUAAUCGGCAUGCUGAUCGGAGUGUUUGCAGCCUGUGGAGGAAACGGGGAUAGUGGAAAUGUGGGCGGACAGACUGCCCCAGCCACCCAAGCAACUGCCGCCACAGCCUCCGAGGCCGCUAGUACCUCCAGCACCGAGGCCAACGAGCCGGAGUUUAGUAUCCAAUACACGGCCAUCACCCGUACUCACCCGACUUUCGAGGCCAUGGAGAGGUUUGUCCAGAGGGUCGACGAGCGCACCGACGGCCGGGUAGAGAUAAAUAUGAACUCUUAUCCGGAACUGGGCAUCGCCGGGCCGGACACCCUGGGCCUUCUGAAAAACGGGACACUAUCCUUCGCGAUGAUUUACAGCGGAUACGUUGCCGGAGAAUUCCCGCUGAUAGAGAUGGGCGAGCUGUGGGGUGUGUAUCCCGACGCCGAAACUCAGGGCAAGGUCAUCCGUGCCGUCCGCGAGGACGAAGUCAGAAUGAUGCGUGAAGAAUUCAACUCCCAGGUCAUCCUCUACGAAUUCUUCGAGAACCAAUUCAUCUUCAGUAAGACACCAGUGAACACCGUCGAGGACCUUGAGGGGUUAAAAGUCCGGAGUCACAGCGCCUCAUUAAGCGACCUUCUCGACGGACUGAACAUGGACGCCCAGUUCGUCGCCUUCUCCGAGGUGUACGUGGCACUGGAAAGGGGCAUCCUUGACGCGGGUGUUACCGCCGGCUCUGCCGGGUUCGGCCAGAGAUGGUACGAGGUAACAGACUACUUGGUGGGGCCGAUAGAGGCGCGGGGCCACGUGAUCCUUGCCAUGAACCUGGACCAGUGGAACAAACUCCCCGAAGACAUCCAGCAAAUACUGUUGGAGGAAGGGCAGAAGACCGAGGAGGAGACUUGGAACGGCACUGAAAGCUGGACCCGCGAUUCAAUCGAUGCCAACGUCGCAGCGGGUAUGGAGUACGUGGAUUUCAGCCCAGAGAUCCGGGAAGCCAUCGGGCAAAUCGCUAUGGAGAGGGUGUUGCCCAACUGGGUCAAGCGGAUUGGCGGCCCAAAUACCGUAACCGCCGCAAUCUUUAAUGACAAGGUGGCUCCUUUAGUAGGGGUGACAAUUGACCCCGACGGCACCGCCAAGCUCACCAGUGCAGCUCCGUAA